AUGAAUGACAUCGAAAUGGAGGACCCAACAGAGAGCGACGAUUUUCUGCUCAGCCGAAUCAUCGAUGCUCAUAAAGGCGAUGUAAAAUGCGUCACAUCAACGUCGGCGGGCGUAGUUGUUUCUGGUGGACGAGAUGAAACUGUUAGAUUUUGGACUAAAAGGCAAGUUCGAAAGCUCGUUUUGAGAGUCGCCAGCUACUUCAUGAAGAAAAAUAUUCGAAUGCCAGUUAAUGACUCGAUUAAUUGCAGAGGUGGAGAAUUCUCGGAAACCCUCUCAUUCCCUCAACCGAAAGGAUUAGCUGUGAAUUCAAUAGCUUAUUAUGAAUCCCCAGAUGGAUGGCGACUAUUUGCUGGCCGGAAAGAUGGGUCUAUAGCUGUUUAUGGUUCAGGAUCUAGUGAACCGUUGACUGUACUAACACAGCACUCUUCAAAUGUGUGCUGCCUUUACGUCGAUGAAAAGAAUCAUAUUCUUCUGAGUGGCUCCUGGGACAACAACGUCAUAGUAUGGCCAAUCAAGGAACUUGGGACGCCUGAAUUUCCUGCUCUGCUUCUUAAUGGCCAUAAACUGUCAGUUUGGGCUCUUGCUGCAAUUGAGUCGUCCCCAGGUUAUUACUUGACAGGAAGUGCAGAUAAAACUAUCAAGCUUUGGCACGAUGAUAAUGAAGUCAGAACGUAUAUAGGUAUUAUUGUUUUUUUUUCUUUUCUUUUACAAGAUUAUAGUCGGAUUCCGACUUGA